AUGUCUGACAACUCGAUCAUUGAUAUCAACGCAUCUAUGAAUGUAGACGAAGACCGAAUCAUCAUGGCUCCGUCAUCGAGCAUCGAGGUUCUUCAGAUUGAUGGACCCGUGAGCAACGCACCCCCACCCAACACCCCGGCCCUUAAGGAACACGAGCACGAAAGCGUGGCUCCAGCAAGUCGUUUCCUCAUCUUCAAACCUAGGGAAUUUUUACCCGCUUUAAAUAUUUGUACAGACCUCUUUCUACCCGACGACCAGCCCGUAAUGGCAGCUCCUCCAAACUCUCCGAUUACGAGCCGCUGCGCGAAGUUCGAAGAGGAGGACGAGAUGGCGCUUCUGCCUUGGGCCAUCCAGCUCAAGGCAGGUGGUCUCGAAGUCGACGAAGAAGCGAUACCAGCGGAUUAUGCUGGCCAUUCAUCCGUCCCAUCGCGGUCUCUGUCGCCCACAACAAUUGACUCGUCAGACGAUGGUAGUUUCGAUUGCACAGAAUCAUCCGAGAACGUCAUCAUUUUCGAACGGCCCACAUCUACUCGUGUCAUCAUCCGCCCUCUUGUUCAGCGCCGCGCUUCAGGCUUCCUCGGCCGGCUGAGCCGUUCAAGCACAACGCCUUCCACUCGUCCAGGAACACCUUCAGGCACUCGUCCAAGUUCGCCUCUGGGGUUUACCUUCGGGGGCCUAAACUGCUUCUCGCACUCGGAUGCCUUCGAGCGGGAGGUAGACUAUCUGGCGGAGCAAGGGGCGAGCGAAAUGUCAGGCGCAUCGCAGGUACAAGUGCACGUCACGAGGGAAACAAGGAUACAAAGGGAGGAACUGUGGAGAGAGGCUAUCCAGCAGGUCCUGUAUGGUCAGAGCAAAAAUUCGCCUCAUACACACGGGAACAGCAGAGUUAUCGGGCCCUCCUCGAUUGACUUGAGUUGCUGUGAUGUAUGA